AUCCAGAUCCAGAUCCAGAUUCAGAUUGCUGCUGCUGCUGCUCACUUCCAUUUUACACCCGUACCACCAUCACAAACCCUAGGUUCCUCUUCAACCUCACCCAAUCCCCACGGUUCCGCAAGCUAUGGCGGACGAGCAAGUCGCUGCGUCGCCGGAACCCACCUCUGCUCCCCUUGACACUCACAAGAGAAAGCUUGACGACUUGGAGCUCAACAACGCAUCCGAACCUCCUCCUCACCAUGUUUCCGAUCUACUCUCCGAGAUUAAUGGGGCGCAGCAGCAACAGCCGCACGAAGACAAAGAGGAGGAAAAGGAAGGGAAUGAAUGUACAGAUGAAUCUGAUGCUAAACGCCAGCGGCGCGAGACCAAUGGCGAUAACGGUAGCGAAAACGAGCCCGUUCAAAGAAAUGGACACCAGGAUGAUGAGAAAGAAGAUAAUCCAAAACCAGACGAAGCAGAGCAGCCCAGACCUGCUGAUGACAAUGCAAAGUCUGUGGAAGUUCAAGAAACCUUGAAAGAAGGUGUGGAGGUUUCUAAUAAAGAACUUGCAUCUGAUGAGAAUUAUAAUGUGGGGAUUGGCAGUGGUGUUGAACCUUGUAAACCAAAUGAAGCAGUUGAGAAGCCUUCGGAAGAGAUUCCUAGAGAGGGAGAUGUUCCAGUUCCAUCUAUUGAAAGGCACACAGGUUCAGGCACCCAACUACUGUCACGCAAGAUUGAGGUUCCCAAUGAUAAGGUUGGUGUCCUUAUUGGAAAGGCAGGAGAUACUAUCCGUUCUCUACAGGACAACUCAGGUGCCAAAAUUCAGAUUAUGAGGGAUGCUGAUGCUGAUCCGCGGUCAGCCACCAGGCCUUUGGAACUAGUUGGAACCUUGGAAAGUAUAAACAAGGCUGAGAAGUUGAUAAAGGAUGUAAUUGCUGAGGCUGAUGCUGGAGGUUCUCCUUCGCUUGUUGCUCGGGGAUUCAGCACCGUCCAGGCUGCCAGUGGUGGUGAACAACUUGAGCUAAAGGUCCCAAUAGAAAAGGUUGGUUUGAUUAUUGGCAAGGGUGGAGAAACAAUCAGAAACUUGCAGACAAGAUCAGGGGCACGCAUUCAGUUGAUCCAACAAAAUCCAGCUGCUGAUGGUGAACAAACUAGGGAGAGGACUGUCAGAGUGACUGGUAUUGGCGCACAGAUUGAGGCUGCUAGAGAAAUGAUUCAAGAUGUUAUGAAUCAGACUGCAAGGCCGUCACCGCUUUCUGGAGGAUACAACCAGCAGAGUUAUCGUCCACGCGGACCUUCAGGUCCACAAUGGGGACCUCGUGGUCCUCAUCAUGCACAAUUCUCUGGUUAUGAUUAUCCACAAAGAGGUCCAUUUCCUUCACCAAAUUCACAAUACCCACCUCUGCCGUAUGGUAAUUAUCCUCCAUCACAAGGUCAAAGGAGCAAUUUUGGUCCAAGUUGGGAGCAAAGGCCUCCCCCAUCAUAUCAUGGACCCUCACCUCAGCAGGGUAAUUAUAACUAUGGACAGCAACAUGGUCCAGAAUAUGGCCAUCCACCACCCCCUUAUUCUCAAGCUUCCGCACAACCCUAUGGUCAUAGCUAUGAGGUGAAAUAUGAUCACCAUCCGUCGUCACAGCAUUUUGGCCCCAUGGGAUCACAGCCAGCACCAUAUGCUCACGGGGCCCCACAUUAUGGUCCACAGGACCCGUACGGUAAUAAACCACCCCUGUAUGGCAUGCCGCCGCAGCCGCAGGUUCAAGCACCUCAUCAUCAACCCUAUGGUCAGCCUAGGCCUAAUCAGCCAGGAGAAAUGCCUUAUCAGGGUCAAGGUUCAUCAGCUCAGGUAUAUGGUCGAAACAUGGCAUCUCAACAGCCUUAUCCGCCCUAUGCUUCAAGUGGUGUGAUGCAGCAGCAGCAGCAGCAGAGUUAUCCCUCUUAUGGUACUGCUCUGGGUACAGAAGCAUAUGGUGGCCACACAGCAGCAGCAGCAGCUCCUGGUUAUGGUCCCCAAGGUGGGCAGCCUGUUGUCGGGUAUGGGCAGUCGGCAACACAACAGCCCCCUUUGUAUCCCCAGACAGGAGGUUAUGGAUCAUAUCCACCGACCCAGCCUGGUUAUGCUGAGCAACCUACUACUGCCGACAAUGCAGGAUACGGUUAUCAAACAGACCCAGCUUAUGGCACUGCCCAGGCUGCAGCUGCUGCUGCUGCUUAUCCUUCCGCUGCUCCUGGUCAGGGCGGUUACGCCCAGUCAUCUCAGACCCAGCAGCAGCCUACUUAUGAACAGCAGGCAGCUAGUUAUGGAACUGUACCAGGUGGCGGUGCGGCGCCCACUGGCUAUGGUAAAAGUGCAUCGCCUCAACCUCCUGUUGCAGCAGCAGCUACGGCAUACCCCCAGUAUGAUUCUAGUCAGGUUUACGGUGGUGGACACCGCUGAUCUUAAACCAUCCUUUCCAUUAUAAUAGUAGAGCUAUUAUAUAUUAUACAUAUAUAGCUAGUUUAUAGCGGUUGCAUCUUGCGGUUGUUGAGCUCUCUCUCCCCCUCGCUCUGAUUACUGUGACUCUGUACCAAGAGACGACUUUGUAAGGACGAUCAUAAUUGUGCUGUUUGGAUUAUUUGGUAGUUAAAAAGACCACCCUCGCCGGCGCCGAAGCUGUUGCUGGGUGUUGCGUGCUC